CACACACAUAUACUGAAGCCUUGAGACCAAGCAUUACUUUGAACUUGGGUUACAAAUUUGCUGUAAUAUUAUGGCUCUUAUUCAUCUUCCUCAAGUAGCUUUUCUCACUAACAUGCUUCCUCUGAAUAAAACACCCUCUUCAGUUGCAGCCAUAAUAUCCAAAAACUUCAAUGCUCCUUCUUUUACAGUCCAGUGCAAGGCCUCAUCAUCAGCUAGGGUUUCUGAUCAGACUCAGCAAGUUUCUCGUAGAUCUGGAGACUUCCAGCCUGAUGUUUGGCGCUAUGAUUAUAUUCAGUCACUGAAUAAUAAUUAUACGGAACAAGCAUAUAAAGAAGAAAGCAGAAAACUUAUGGCAGAAGUUAGGAUACUGCUUUCAGAAACAGUGAAUCGUGUGGACCAACUUGAGCUUAUAGAUACCUUACAAAGGCUUGGACUAGGUUAUCAAUUUAAAAGUGAAAUAAACAAGAUACUGGAAAAUAUUUAUAAUGUGAGCAGGUUCAAUAACAAGCUGAAUCUACAUGCCACAGCACUCGAGUUUCGACUCUUGAGACAGCAUGGCUAUGAUGUAUCCCCAGACGUGUUUGGUAGCUUCAACAAUGAAGAGGGUGAUUUUCAAACAACUUUAUCUCAGGAUAUCAAGGGAAUGCUUUCUUUAUACGAAGCCUCGUUUCAUUUAAUGGAAGAUGAAACUAUUCUAGAAAAGGCUACAAAUUUCACCUCAAAAUCUCUGAAAGAUUUUGUGAGCAACAACACCGAACAUGAACUGACAAGCCAAGUGAAACAUGCUUUGGAGCUUCCAUUACAUUGGAGGCUUCCAAGAUGGGAGGCUCGUUGGUUCAUUGGUGAAUAUGAAAGAAUGCCUAAUAUGAAUCCAACUAUACUUCAACUUGCAAAAUUGGAUUAUAACAUGGUUCAAGCCAUGUACCAGGAAGAAGUGAAGUCCAAUUUCAGAUGGUGGGAGAGAACAGGGCUGGAGAAGAAGGUAAACUUCUUCAGGUGUAGGGUGGUGGGCAGCUAUGUAUGGAGCCUAGGGAUAAGGGAUGAGCCACAUGCUGGCAAUUUAAGAAGAGUCAUUGGGAAGCUUUGUGCCACAAUUACACUAACAGAUGAUCUCUAUGAUGUUCAUGGCACUUUGGAAGAAUUAGAGCUCUUCACACAAGCCAUUUCCAGGUGGGACACAAAUGACUUAGGUAGCCUCCCAGAGUACAUGAAAGUGGCAUUUUUUGCAAUCUAUGACUUUGUGGAUGAACUUGCUUCUGACAUUCAGAGAGAAAAAGGGCUUAACGUGGAUACAUACCUCAAGAAAGGGUGGCAAGAUAUGUGCAAGGCAUUUAUGGUAGAGGCGAGAUGGUACCAUGGUGGAAAAACGCCAAGCCUGAAAGAAUAUUUGGAAAAUGCAUGGGUUUCAAUUGGAGGACAUAAUUACUUUCUUCAUACUUAUCUUACUAUGCCAAAUAAUUCCAUCAAGAAGCAAGACUUGGAUUUCUUAGAUCAACGACUUUCAAAUCUCCCUUACCUUGCAGGACUUAAUUUCCGCCUUCUUAAUGACAUCGGAUCUUUUAAGCGUGAGCAGGAGACAGGUGAUGUAUCGUCGGCAAUCCAGUGCCAUAUGAAUGACACUGGAGCUUCAGAAGAAGAAGCGAUCGAACACGUAAAGUCUCUGAUAUAUAAAACAUGGCAGAAGACGAAUCAAGAAGUUGCCACGUCAUCAUCCUCCUUCCCUCGAGAUUUCAAUGUCACUGCUUGGGGACUUGCGAGGUCUGCAACUUUCCAUUACCAUUAUGGAGAUGAUCCCUUCACUUAUCAGGAUUCUCAAUUCAAGGAGCGUCUUCGUUCAUUGCUUUUUGAGCCCAUUCCCAUUUAGGUGAUGAUGAUGUUUAAUCAAAGUCUUGAGACUGUUAAUUUCAAGUCAUUGUACUUAUAUGAAAAAAAAAAGAAAUAUAUAUAACUUUAUAUCUUAGUUGUGUGUUGUAAUAUUUUUUAUUCAACUCUUAUUAUUUACAAAAUAAAAGUUGU